UUUUCAAAACCGCGCAAAGGUCGAACCGUAUACUAGGCAUUUACCAAUAAUUCUUAAAAGCGAUAGCCGGCGUGUAAAGUAUGUUAUGUGUAUUUAAAGCACUCCACAUCACGAUUACAUUAAUUUUAUUCCACAUUAUAUGCAUAACGUACAGUUGUGUGAUAUAUUAUAUUAUUGUUUUGGAGCUUUACAACUAGACUUUCAACUUGAAGAAUCUUGAAUAUGAUUAUUGGACCUUUUGUGGCUGAGAUUGUAAUUACAUUUCUUGCUGUUGCUUAUUUAUUACAAAAGUACGGAAAUUGCAGAAGGCAUCACAUUUUAGUAACUGCCAAUGUUUUUAUUGCCUGGUACUUUGCCUUCAUUAUUGUCUUCAUUUUACCCUUGGAUGUGUCAUCUACUGCAUAUAGACAGUGUUUAGCGGAUAACUUUCACUCUCCUACUGCUUCUUCCUAUGUUAUACCAGUUACAAUAGCUAAUGCAAGUGAAUUUGGAAAUACAACAUCUGCAGAGUAUAAUACAACUACUCCUGACUAUUCUACAUUUCAUGCUUUUUCAUCUUUAAAUGAGUGCGUAAAACCAUGGAGUUAUGUUCCAGAAGGUGUGCUUCAGAGCUUGUGGAGAGUUGUAUACUGGACUGCUCAGACACUCACAUGGAUCAUAUUACCCCUUAUGCAGUCAUACUCAACUGCAAGUGAUUUCACCAUCACAGGCAAAUUAAAAACAGCACUUGUAGAGAACUGUAUUUACUAUGGAAGCUAUAGUCUCAUAUUUGGAACUCUCCUAAUAUAUGUUAUUUUUCAACCUAAUAGCAGUCUUGAUGGGUCUAAUUUAAAGGUUGUAUGCAUUACUGCAAGCAAUACAUGGGGUCUUUUUCUUCUGGUUUUACUUGAAGGUUAUGGGCUGGUUGAAAUACCACGGAGUUGUUGGAAUACAACAAAGAAAGGAUUCAUGUUAAACUACCUGUAUUUUAAAGCAUCUAAAUUAAGUGCUGAAAGAUGUGAAGCUGAAGAAAAGGUUGAUGACUUACUGGAGGAAAUUAUGCAAAUAUCUGAUACAACAUCUGUGAGCCAUCCAACAAGAAAUUAUAUAGAUUUAAUACUAGAUAAGUUUCCAGAGGACAAGAAGACUUCCAUUCAGAUGAGAAGGCCAAGAGAGGAUAAUCGAUAUUCUGUUGAUGGCAUAAGUGAGAAAAAGCUUGCAAAAUUGCACAAAAAGAUAAUACGAGCUGUUCAUAUGUAUCACCGUACUCAGUGCCAAUGGAAUAUGCUUUUGGAACAAGUAUUUCACUGGGAAGAUGUUGCUUCUAAUGAAGGCAGUAGAGAUAGAAUUUUUAAGAGCACGUUUAGACCAUCUCGUUCUUUGAUAAUGAAAUCAAUUUGUUCACCGAAAAUUGAGUGGUACUGGAACUGCAUGGUUCGUAACUGGGUAUUUCGUAGCUUGUGUGUUGUUUUAACAGUGUUCAGUGUUAUUGUAGUCUGGUCAGAGAUAACAUUCUUCACCCGGAGUCCUACUCUGUCAUUAUUUGCUCUUUUUAUCAACUCUGCAAAAGCAAGUUAUAAUUAUGCUGUUAUUGAAAUAAUUUCUGUGGCAACUAUUGCAUAUUUAUGCAUUUGUGCUUAUUACACUGUUUUUAGAAUUCGAAUAUUGAAUUACUAUUAUUUAGCUCCUCACCAUCAAACAAAUGAAUACAGCUUAAUAUUUUGUGGAAUGUUACUUUGUCGUUUAACACCACCUCUUUGUCUCAACUUCUUGGGUCUAAUUCAUCUUGACAGCCAUGUUACAAAAAAUUCUGGUAUUGAAGAAACAGCAUACACCAAGAUAAUGGGUCACAUGGAUGUUAUUCCAAUUAUAUCUGAUGGCUUCAAUAUCUAUUUCCCUAUUUUAAUUUUCUUUGUGUGUUUAGCAACAUAUUUCAAUAUCUGUAGCAGAAUUUUACAUUGUAUUGGAUUUGAACAGUUUGUUGGAGAUGAUGAAAUGACUUCUGACUUAAUUGAGGAAGGCAGAGAGCUCAUCAGAAGAGAAAAAAAUAGGCGACAACGUAUAGAAAUGAAUGAAACCCGUAGGUGGCAAUCAAGUAGACUUGCAUCUAGUGCUUUGUUGAGAUCUAACAGGCAGUCAAGUGCAAGAGAUACAAGUUUAACUGGAUCAUCCCCAGAAGAAAAUUCCCGUGCUGAGCUUCUGAAAGAUGUGGAACCUAUUGAUUACACGGAAGAAAGAAAUCAUCAUGGGGAUUAUGGUAGACAUUUACAUCCUGAUGAAGAAUGUGUGGUGGAGGAUAAUAGUUAUAUGCGAUCAACUUGGACUCACAUUGGUAGACCCCCGGCUGGUAUUUUCGAUGAUGUUUGAAUUCUGCAGAGACUUAUUUGUAAUUGUAGUGAAUUUCUGUUUUUUUUAUUUCCGCAUUCAAAUUUUGUGUAUAUUUUGUACUUUCACAGUAAAUGAAGAUACUUUUUGUUAUCUAUUAUUUUACAUUUCUAUCACUUGUAUGAAACAAGCAGUAUAAACAUUUAUUCAUUAUAAAUAAUUACUGAAAUUUUAAAGUAAACUUUACUCAUUUUCUUGGCUUAUAAAAAUGCAUAGUAAUUUUAUCGAUUCACAGCGGGGCCUUAAAAUAGUAGAGUUGGAGCAUUAGCUGUUAUUCAACAGAUUUAUGAAUAGCUUAAUUAAUAAAAAUUUAUGUUCGAUAUUAAUGUGUAGUGGUAAUAACAUCUUUUAGCAUGGGCAGUAAGAACCUUUUAUUUAGUACAGACUGCAAAAUUGUGCAACAUAAUUUUGAUAGUUUAAAAUGUUUUGUUUAUAAUGAAGUAUUUCUUUGCACUUGAGAAGCUUUUGUAGUAAGUAAACUUGUUGCUGAUCUUUUCAUCUCAAUGAAAUGACUUAAUGUUUAAAAUGAUCUCAUGCUACAAGUAAGGUAUUUGAAUAUAUUUGUGUAUGUGUUGGUCUUCAAGGAACUAAGUAAAUGAUGUUAGCAUCUCUUCAGACCAUCUCUCUGAAAUGAAAUUAUUUCAGUUAUGUUAAAAAUCUGUAUUCUAGGGUGACAAGUACAGAGAUAGGAUUUGUCUUUAGCUGAACUCUGGUGAUGAUAAUAAAAUUUUGUUAUAUAUGUUUUGCCCAAAUGAAUUGUUUAAUUCAUCCAGAAGUUAUGUUUUGCCCAGUGAAGUGUUUAAUUCAUUUGGCAAAACAUAACUUCUGCAUUUCCACUGAUUUUUGGUGGCAGAUAGAAUUUUAGAAUUUUUUUAGUACCUCGUUGCAGUAUGUGUAUUAAAAAAAUGAGGUAAUGAAAAUAUAAUUGUCCAGCUGGUGUAUUGCAAAAUCGUAAUUUUGUUCUGAAGGAAUCUCUUAAGAGGAUAUCUUUGAUAUUUCAAUGAAGUGUAUCUCAUGUAUCUGAUAUAGAAUGUAAAUCGAGAAUGGCUGGCAAAUGCAGAUGCCUGGUCAUUGUGGUCGUCCACAAACAGAAGUUUUGAGUCUAUUUCAGUACUAGAGAACCAACCAUACAUUAUAUUGGAAAAUUGUUCUUGGUAUGCACUGCAUUCAAUAAUAUUUUGUCAGAUUAGUAUUAUACCACACAUUAUAAUGUUGGACGAUUCUGAAAAAUUCUAUAAUCUUAUCACAGUACUAUUGUUAUGGUGCUGAAACAUGUUCCAUGCAUCAAAUUUUUCUGUAGGUAGUGAUUAAAGUGAUAUACAUAUCUGGCUUUCAAGUAGUUCUCUGUAGAUAUGCUAAGAAAUGUUCAUUUUAUUGAUUACUGAAAUAUGAAUAACAAGUUUUUAGUUGUACUUGACUUCUGUUAGCUGGAAAUUGUGGACUAAAAAUGAUUUUGUGGAAUUGCAACUCUUGGAUUCCUCUGUUAACUCUUCUUCCUUAAAUUCUGUGUGGCCAUGCGAGCUCUGGCGCUGGUUCUUGCUUUAUGUGAAUAACAAAUCAGUUAUUCUUAAUUCAUAUAGCACUAAAUGUAAUCUUUCUAGCCUAUGAGUAUCAUUAACAAAAUCUAUUUUUAGCAUAUGGAAAGAAAUUUUUAUUAAAUACUUCCUCGUCAACAUUUCUUGGCACAUUUAACUUAAAUCAGUAAUCGAAUAACACUCUUUGUUAUUCAGUUACUAAUAUAAACAAAUUUUUUAUGCAUCACUGCAUGAGUCAUCACUCAAGUUGUCAUGUGUUGAUAAACAUUCCACUGUCAGUACCAGUGGCAUGUUAUACGGUUGGGGGAGGGAAAUUGACAAAGGGUUAUGUUAAUCUGAGAUGUCCUAAAAUUGCUAUUUCAAAAAACUAAGAGAUCAAAGUGGUUUAUAUUUAUGUUCAUCAUCAGGGAUAAAACAUGAAAAUAGACCAAAACUAGCCAAAGACUUAUCAGUACAUGUGUCUGGAAAUGUACUGAAUAUGAUGUAUAUAUUUUUUAUAUCAGUUGAAUACCAUUCUACAUUAUUGUAAUUCAUCAUAGUUAUAGAUCUGGCUUUAUUCUGAAUUUCUUUACUUAUCAUAAACUGUUACAUACCUCAGAUGAAUCAAUAAUAAUUACAUGAUGCUCAUUAUUACUAUUAUAAAAAUUGAAACUUUUUCUGAAUGAAAAGUUGAUGAGCAUUUAUUGGAAGAAUUACGUUUAAAUUUGCUUGUUUCAAACAUACAUUCUACAAAAUCUUUCCUCUUCAUAGUCUCGUCUGAGAAAAGUUUUAUAUGUGCUGUAAGCCCAAGCUAUGAAUUAUAACAUGUGUAAGGUAAUUUAUUUUUCUUGUUGGCAUUUACUAGCCAAAUUGAAUAUUUUAUGCAGCCUUUUCUGAGUUUUUCUUUCAAUAUUGUAUCAAUCUUCUUUGAAAUAUUAAGUUACAAGUUAAUUUUUGCAAAAAAUCAGUUCCUCCCCAUUUUUAUGCAAGCUUUACAUAUUAAAUGUUUCAUUAUUUGCAAUUUCAAUCUAUUAUCGUAUCUUAAUCAGUUCUCUGAAUUAAGGCAUACUAUUAGAUUUCAAGCAACAUAAGCACUCAAAAGGAGAGAAUAAAUUUCCAAGUGUGUUAUAAAAAACCAGAUUUAGAAUUUUUUCUGUGCUUCAAAAUGUGUUCUUGGCAUUUCAGCUUUCUUGGCAAACACUUUCAGUGUAUAAAUGUGUGCUUAAGAAAUGUUUAAGAUGUAUUUAUGUUGAUAGAAACAGAUAAGUAUGUCUCUAAAUAUAAUUGCUGUAUAAAACGUUUUACUGAAUGUCAUCGUGUAUGUCUGAUGACUUAAUUACUUUGUAGAUAAUGGUAGAAAUGAAUUUGAUGAUGACUGUGAUUGGUUUUUGUGUUUACAGUACAAACUUGUGUUAUUAAUAACAGGAAAGAUCGUUUAUAAUAAUAGCGAAUUAUUUUGAGCAAUACAUUGUUUGAUGAUGCAGUUAAAAUUUUUAUGCAAAUCUUUUAUGUGAGUUAUUAAAACUCUAAAAUGAUACAAAAUUUCAUAUAUGUAAUGCUUUAAUUUAUACUUUUAGUUUAUGCAAAGCAUAAUGUAUUUCUCUGUUUGGAACAUUAUUAAAAAAGGUUCUGUUCUAUUUCAAAAUAUGUUUGCAGUUUAUAUGCACUGCUGAACUGUUGCUAAGGGCAGAUUUUAAAUUGCAAUGUAGUAUAACAUUAAGGAGGAUUGAAGGCUAAGCAGGACAAAUAUAUUGUUGCUACAUUGUUCAGACAUUAGAGUUAAGAACAUUUAUUGUUCAGGAGAACAAAAAGGUUUUGAAAUGUCCAAAAGUGAAGGGGAAAAAAGUAUUCCUUUAAUGCUGUGUGCAAAGAAAUGAGAAAAUCCAUAUGAAUUCACGAAUUCCAAGCAUUCACCUUUGAGAAACAUUUCAGUAUGAGACAUGUCCACCAUGGAAUGCAGUGCAACUUUCCACACAUCAUAUCCUUUGCGCAGCAUUAUCCAACUGCUGUUCAGACAAUUGAUCUCACUCCUUAGUUGGUGCAUGGAUGAGGGUGUCCUUGUUUGCUGGAGGAUAUUUUCAACCAGCAAGUAUCUAAAGCAUCCCAAACAUUUUCAAUAGGGAUUUGGAGAACAUGCUGGUCGUUUGAGGCAUUAAAUAUUCUUUCUGUCUAGACAAUCCUGAACAGCAAGUGUUCAUUGACAUGGUGCAUUGUCAUGCAUGAAAAGAAAUUUAUCAUCGAGCAACAUGGAAAUGGGAACAUAAGGCAGUUGAACUUCAUCAAUGUAUUGUUGGCUGGUCAUAGUCUUAAUUGCAACCACAUGUAGGGGCAUCUGGCUAUUGAUCAUGGUGCCAGCCCAUUAUGAUGAUCAUUUAUCUCAGAUAGCGGUCCCUUUCAUGGAUAUUUUCUGGACAAUAAGCAGCACCAUUCUCACUCCAGAUCUGUUGGUGUGUAUAAAUCCAGUAACAGACUGAAGGUAUUCUAAUCUAAGAACAAUACACAAGCCCAGUACUGUUCAGUUCAGUUAUGAUGCUCUCAACACCAUUGCAAAUUGGGCGGUAUGAGACAAUAGAACGGUGCUGUCUGAGCAAUAAAACAAAUACAAGUCUGUGGGCAUACAGUCCUUUUCAGAGGAACAGUAGUCUGGCUACAGUAUCUGGCUGCUUUCCCAUGGCAGCAGUAAAUUUAUUUGGCUUCUGCUGAGCUGUGGUGUGCCAGUUUUUGCCCUGUCUACUGCAGACAUCGUAUAUCUAACAUGACAUCCUCCCUAGCACUGGCUACACGUUCCAGUUGUUUAAAAUGCUCUUCACAAUCAUGAAACAACAAUAUGGGCGAUGUUGAACUUCCUGGCAACUUCUGAUAUUUUUUGCCCAUUUUUUUACCUUUUCUUUGAAUCCAUUUUUGAUCUUUCCAAGACCACAAGGAAAAUCAUCCAAAUGAUGUCGGGAAGAAUACCAACACUUUCAAGAUCGUUAGUUACAGUUUUCCUGUAAAACUUUCGCUUGGUACAACUGCACACAUGUGUCAAAUCCUUUAAAUCUCUUAUUGGUGCCAUCAUGUUGUGAACUGGUGAGGAAGUUAAAAGUUGCAUAUGUACACCUCUUCCUACAGUAUCCAGUGCUUAUUGUAAUUUUCCAUAUUUCACUUCCUUUCAUUUUGUGGUUACUGUGGGUGCUAAUGUCAGUCCUUAGCAGUUAUUCAGCUGUGUGCCACUUAACACUUUUGAUAAAAUCUAUUGCAAAAACAUCAACUAAAUUUUCAAGAAGAAUUAUAACAAAAUGUUAAAAUGAAGAAAAUCAUUUUUGAAAUAACAGCAAUGUGUAUAUAUUUAGUAUCUCGAAUUGAAAUUGUUUUCAGUAUUAAUCAUUUGUGAUAGUUUUAUUGUAAGUGAGAAACAAUUAACAUAAGUAUUUCAGAAUACAUCGAAUUAUGUUCUUUUUAUGUUAUAUAUUAAGAGGAAUAUAAUUUCAUGAAUUGUAAGAUUGUGUAUCAAUGCAUGUGAUUUAAAUUUUAAAAAGAAUGUUAAAUGUAUUUUGGAUUCUGUUUACUGGUUUAGCAUAAUAUUUUUCUAAUGAUAUUUUUGUAUAAGUAUGAACUCAUGAAUAAUUUGAAAAUAUAACUUGUUUGCAAACUUCAUUUACACAUGUCCUUACUUCAUAUAUAAGUUUAAUGAAUUAAGUUUUGAUUUAUUAAUUUUAGCAAAAGAAUUAAUUUUAUCCAUUUUAUACUGACUCUUGAAAGCGUGUUUGCUUAAAAUUUAUUUAUAUUCCAUAUAGUCAUUGUUUUCUGAUUGUAUUUUUAAUAAUAUUUAAAUGUCUGAAUUUUGAUUAAUAAUCUCUAAUGAUUUAAAAUUGUUUAAUCAAGUGAGUAUGAUUGUAAGCCUAUAAUUUUUUAACAGAAACUUUUAAAGGGCCUGAAUUGUAAUUUCUUUCACUUGUGUUUUGUAAAUUUUAAUCUUUACAAGAUCUAUGUGAAACAAUUGAAUUCUUUAUUUUGUAUGUAUAUAAAUAUGUACAUAAAUUAAAGAUAUAUGAGUGUUAUGUUUUAACCUUUUAUUAUAAAUAUUAUUUUAUUUAUAAAUGUGAUUUGUAAGUAGACUUACAUAAACUUGACAUUUAUGCAUUCAUAUUUCAUUUUAUGUGUGCAUUUAUGAAAAUCAUUCUGAAUUUUGUUGUAUUUAAUUAGAUUGAUCUUAAAUCUUGUUCAUUCAGAUUCUGUUAUGUUUCAGCAUUUCUGAUGAAUUCUGUUCAUGAAAUUAAAAUUAUUAAGUUUUAGAAAAAUUAUAUUAAACAAUUAAAUAUUAUUUUAUGACUCAUGUUUAUGACAAUAUUUUUAAUGAAAAAUGUGUGUUUUCAUGAAUUAAUAUGCAUUUUAUUGGUAAAGCACUUGAAUGUUAGCAAACAAUGUGAUGUAAUAAAUUAUUUAAAAAAAAA